AUGACUGUUUUUAUUGCGUCGCUUUUCCUGCCGUACACGGUGAAUUUCCACGUUAAUGAUUCCCGUACAGCUUCACGCAGCAGCUACAGCCAAAAAGGCGGCACUGCCCACCCAGCAACCCCCCCCGCUCCUGCGAGCCUGUUCGAGAGCAACUCCCCGAAGGAGAAGCAGGGCUUGACGCCCGGUGCCACCACGGAUCAUGAGCGAAUCUUUGCGCGCAGUGUUGCUAAGGCUGAGAAUGAGCAUUCCGGAUACCCGUUUCCUGCCUCGUCAGAUCCCACAUCUCUCAGUCAGCUGCUCACGGAGAGCGAGGGCCAUUCCCCCGCCUGGGGAGUGACAAAAUCCCUCAACCAGCCCAAGCCGCAGGCUGUGAUCUCCCCAUCACCGUCAAUUCUGAAACAUCAAGACCGCAUUGUAUCGUUCAAGGAACCGACGCCUCUCAGUGCCCAAGAGACCCGACCUACGCCUCCGCAUUCCACGGAAAAGCCAUCUCUCCCGGACCGCAAAGUCUCAUUUUCCAAAGCUGAAUGGACUAUUCGAACCUCGGAGCAAGGGAACGGCGGAUUGCGCAACGCCGUUCGCUCCGCUCGGGAUACUGGCUACUUGGAUGAGAUGAUGUGGGUGGGUACACUGGGGAUGCCCACAGACGCUUUGGCGAGUUACACCCGGAAUGAUAUUUCGGAGUGCCUGGAAGAUGAAUAUGGUUGCUUGACCGUAUUUGUCAAUGACGGUGAUUUUGACGGUCACUAUACUCACUUUUGCAAAACCAUUCUAUGGCCUGUGUUUCACUAUCAGAUCCCGGAUAACCCUAAAAGCAAGGCCUAUGAAGACCACUCAUGGAUCUACUAUGUCAAGAUCAACCAGGCAUUCGCGAACCGGAUUGCCAAGCACUGGAAACGCGGCGAUUCUAUCUGGAUCCAGGACUAUCACCUGUUGCUCGUCCCAGCUAUGCUGCGGAAGAUGAUUCCAGAUGCCCAAAUUGGAUUCUUCUUGCACAUUGCGUUCCCGUCUUCCGAGGUGUUCAAGUGCUUGGCUCCACGAAAAGAGCUUCUCGAGGGUAUGCUUGGGGCAAACCUGAUAGGAUUCCAAACAUCAGAAUAUUGCCGACAUUUCCUCCAGACCUGCAGCAGGAUUCUUUGUGUCGAGGCUACGACCGAGGGAAUCCAGAUGGAGGAUCGCUUUAUCAAUGUGGGAACUUUCCCUAUCGGUAUUGAUCCUACAUCCUGGGACAAACGCCGCAAGGCAGCGGAUGUGGAACGAUGGAUUGAUACCAUCUCCGAGCGAUACCAGGGCAAACGAUUGAUUGUAUCGCGUGAUAAAAUUGAUUCGUGGUCAGAUAAAGUGGUGCUUAUUCAGGUCGCAACCAGCACCACAGAGCAGCCGGAGCUCGAAGCCACGAUUUCAGACAUCGCGAUGCGGAUCAACUCUACGCACUCUACGUUAGCCCACCAACCUCUGGUAUUCCUGAAACAAGAUCUUGCGUUCCCACAAUACUUAGCCUUGAUCACUGUUGCAGAUGCUUUGAUGAUCACAAGUCUUCGUGAAGGCAUGAACUUGACCAGCCACGAAUUUGUGUACUGCCAGGAUGGUAGCUAUGGUGAUAAGAAAUGGGGCUCUCUCAUCCUGAGUGAGUUCACUGGCAGCGCAUCUAUUUUUGAAGACCAUGCGCUGCUGGUCAACCCGUGGGAUUAUCGUCAAUGCUCUGAAGCAAUCCACACUGCACUGACACGAGACGAGAAGAAGAGGAAAGAGGUCUGGGAGCAACUUCAUCGAGCAGUCCUACAAAACUCCACAGGAAACUGGGUGAAAUCUUUCAACGAAACACUGAAGAGGGUAUGGGAGGAGCAGUCCUCGCGAGAAAUCAUGGCUGUCCCUCGUCUGUCUGUCCCUCGGCUGAUUGAACGUUACCGGAAGACCAAGCGUCGGUUGAUGAUCGUCGAUUAUGAGGGUACCCUGGCCUCCUGGGGAUCUCCACGGAGCAUCAUUCUGACCACACCGCAAAGGGCCAUUUCCACUCUUACCGAGUUGACCGAUGACCCAGCCAAUGUGGUGUAUGUGAUGAGCUCACGUAUGCCAGAGGAGAUGGAGCGAUUAUUCCGCCAAGUGAAUAACUUGGGUCUGAUAGCCGAGAAUGGUUGCUUCGUUCGGGAGCCGCACUCCGACGAAUGGACUAGUCUCGAAGAUAAGGAUGCCAUCGAGACAUGGAAGGAAUCCGUUGGCAACAUCCUGACCUACUUCAAGGAACGCAUGGAAGGCAGCUGGAUCGAAGAACGCCACUGCUCCCUGGUUUUCCACUACGGUGCCUCUGAGGAUCCGGCCACCGCGAGCCGGCUUGCAGCUGAAUGUGCGGGCCACAUCAACGACGCGUGCGCUAACCAGGGUGUACAUGCUAUUCCCGUCGACGGUGCGCUCAUUGUGGAGCCUGCGCGUACCAACAAAGCCUCUGCCGCGGAAUUAGUCUGGCGAUGGUGUCUGCAGCCUCAAGACAAAGAGGACGUUGUUGCGAAGCCGGACUUCCUGCUUGUUAUCGGUGAUAACCGGGAAGACGAGCCCGUGUUCCGGUGGGCGAACAAGCUGCUAGGCGCCAAGGGUAUCGACUAUGCCAUGACAGUUACGCUGGGAUCUCGCAGUACGGAGGCUAAAGCGACAUUGACACAAGGAGUUACUGGUGUACUUUCUUGUUUGCAACAGCUGGCUGCUCCAUCAGAGGCCAGAGUCUCACCGGCACAAUAG